AUGGGGACAGAAUAUCUGGGACUCCAUGCCAUUGGAUGGCAUGGAAUGAUCAAGACCUGGUGGGACAAAGUACUCGCUGUACUGCUAUUGACCACCAUCGUCCUGGGUUGUCUAUACAUUCUGUUCAUUAUCGGGAAGAAGCUUUACGCUCGCUGGAAGGGGAGACGCCAACUGUCCGCCGCCCCCGUGGCCAUCACUCGUUAUCUCGACCGCUUGAAGAGGGAAACGAAACCUCUCCGUUCGCAGAAUCCUGAAAAGGUGGAAUUGAAGACAUUUGGAGUAUAUCUGGGGUCGAUAUCCAGCCCUCCUAGUCCAGAGCAGUUGUCCAUACUGUCGCGAUGGGACGUUAUCGUGGUCGACCCUCUUCAACAUGGGGUGGUGAGCGGUAUAUACAAUUAUUGUUCCUCCACCCACGUCCUUGGACGGCUGGAUGUUCAAAGUUUGGUAAUGAUCGACACAAGCGUCACAAUCGAUGAAGUCAUUGAAUCUUUGUGUGUCGUUGCUCAAACAGUCAUCUCGAAUUUCAGCCAUCCACAAGGAAGGGAGGCGCCACUUCACGGAGUCCUCUUGGCAGACUGGCAGAAGCAUUUCCAACCAGUUGUACUCAACCAGUUGGUCCAAUACCUCAAUGGUGUUGGACUCGAUGUAUGGCUGGAGAUGUCACCGCCCGACUAUCUCAGUGAGCGUGAAUGCCGCGACAUCGACAUAAGCCGCAUUCGCGGCGUUGUCUACCGCAACGGUACGAUAUUUCCCGACGGCAACCAACGGGACUACUUUCAGAUGGAAAAGAUCCGGACUGUCAUGCGAGUUGUGGCUGCCCAAAAGGCUAUGGGAGGCUGCACUCACGCCAUGUGGGAGACAGUCCAGGAUGAUGUGGACGUAUCCCACCAUGUUCUCGGACGGACGUUCAAGUGGUGCGGCUACAACAGCGCCAUGACCUGGAUCGGUCCUCAAUCCGCUCUGACCGACGCCGAAGUUGCCGGUCGUCGAACAAUCAGGAACGAACCCCUGGGAGCAUUGAUGUGGUUGAAGGACGAUAUCGUGCUCAAGGCGCACGACAACUGGCGCUUCAAUGACACGGUGACGGGAGUCUCGGCUGAACAUGAUGCUCGCUUCGAAAGUCUAAAAACCUUUGUACCGGAUAUCCUCGACAAAAUGACCAUCGUUCCCUCCAGUAAUCGGUCACUGGUUGCUGCGAGCACAAUUGAUAUCGCUCCGGUUGACUGGCCAUCAAAACUGGAUUACGCGCACAUGAAUCCCUUCUCUGUCUCCUCCGACGGUGUCGACUACACCGGUCUAGGCUGUUUCCAAAUGGGCCAUGACUGUUCUGAUAAAGAUAUUCUUGACCUUCUCGAGGCGCAACGGAGCAUCCGCGACCUAGAUCUUCUCGACCGGAUUCAAGUAGAGGAGCUGCGUCGUAUGGCAGCGGAUCUGCGUGCUCUUCUCAAAUCGCAGAAAGCUUCCACCGAUGCCGGCGCCAUGUCCGCCGCAGUCCAAGAGUUGAUUGAUCUCCUUUCCUCCGGCAACGGUGCGGAAAAUGACAAACUUCGGAUCUGGGUCGGCCUGCACUCAGGAUUUCGCACGCGCCGUGAGUCCCAGGUCUGGGGCAUAUAUGAGGUUGAGGCUCUAACGGGCUCGAUGGACAUUUUCAUCUCUGGCAAGACGGUCGAUCGGACAGGAACCAUCUUGCACACCUUCCUGUCGCGUCGCAGGUUCAGCCGGUAUGAAUGCCUCAAGGCGGAAAUCGCUCUCGCGAACGCCAGAAACACACUUUCUCCGAAAUGGGAUCUGCCUCCUCGACUGGUGAACGACAUUGAAGACCUCAGUCCCGCAGAAGCCCUGCUAUGGAUGCAGCGGUUGACACUGUCGACAUGUAAAGAGUCGUCCUCUGUAGUCGCUAAAGUUCGCAGUUGCUGUGAAUAUCAGCUGCUGCAAGUCCCUACUCUGAGCCAGUUGCGAGCUAUGACUUCGACGGGCUAUCUCAGUGGGGAAGUCUCGGCCAAGCAGCUUGUCGAGGGUCGUCUGGCCUGGUACCGCGACCAGGGGUGCGUAUCCCUCGAACCCAGAAAUGCGCUGGCACUAUUCGAAGAGAUCGACACGCGUCUUCCUGAGAUGCUCAUUGAGGCAGACGGCACGAGUCUGGCCCAGCUUACCGAAGUCAUGGAGGCCAUUCUCCAACCGGGCCGAAUUGAUGUGAAGGCAGACUUUCUUGCCCUGUCCCUCUUCUGCGCCUUUCGUAAGCUGGCCAUGAACGAGAUUUACCUCGAGGUUCUUGAUCGCAACCCUCGUCCGAACCUCCACCACGUGCAAACGGCUUGCUUUGCUGAGAAUUAUGCAGUCGGGGCCAGGUGCGAUGCUUACAUCGACAUGACGCCCAAGGCCAUUGGCAAGAUCUUGUCCGAUCGUAUCCGCGCGUACUAUCGCCAGCACCAACCGCCUCGACGAGAGGAAGCCUUCACCGAUCUUCCCACUGCUUAUGCGUCCAUGGAUAUCGAUCUGGACCCUAACGGAGGACAAGACGACCUCCCUCUGUCAUACCGCUUUACGUUCCUUGGUAUUUUUGCAGUUCCGGCGCUCAUCGAUAUCACUCUCCUGACGACCAUCGGUCGAGGCCUGUAUCUCACGACGUUCAUGAGCAAUGAUGUUAAAACGUUGGCGACCACUGCCUUGAUGGUUGCGUUGCUACUCUGCGGUGGCUUCGGUGGCUGGAUCAGCUCGGGAGGCAGCUACUACCUAUAUGCCAUGGCUUUUCCUGCGAUGAGCAUGUUCGUCAUGACCCGGUUCAUUGCUGGUCUAGCAGUCGUGUCUGUGGGAGGUAUCUUUGCAUUCAUUGGCAUCGGAAUCGCCAAAGGCUUUGUGUCUGCUGUUGUCUUUUCCGCAUACCUGAUAAUGCUGACGCUUUAUCUGAUGACGCUGUCUGCAUUGUCCAUCUAUCAGCUCCCUGGAUUCCAGUUCCAGUCGGGCCGCACGGUAAUUAUGUGCUGCGUUCCUAUCCUGUUCGUUUCUCCCGUCCUUACGAUUUGGGUCAAACACGACAUAAUCAUCUAUCCCUGCGUCCUGGCCGUCUUUUUGACUGCGCUACUUCUCGGUGCUCGACGUGUGAUUGCCAAGUGGAAUAAUUGGUACCUUGAUAUUCCCUGCAUCACUGACGGCCAGGUAAUCGACUGGUACCAGCGGACGUAUCUCGCCAGUGAAUCUACCGAUGAUGCCGAUAAGGAGUUGGCAUCCACUGCGCUGGCCCGCCAGACACUCUUGGCCUGUGUGCUGAAGGAACGAAAGCGUUGGUUCUGGACCAGGUCCACGGCCGACCCCUUCGUCAAGCGUCUCGCUGAGGAAUAUUCCGCAACAAUGUUUCUGAUUGUGUGGUACUGCAAAUUUUCCCGGACGAGGCUUCCUCUUGCCUACAGCCCAACAUGGAACUUGCAGCUCAAAGCCGCGGUUGAUACCAUGGGCGACAUGCAAAAGGGACUCAAAUUGCAUAAUGCUUUCCUUCACUGGCGUCACACGGGUAAAGACGUCUGGGGCGGAAUUCUGUACUUCAUCAUCGCCCUCAUGGACAAGUGGACAGCCUUGUUUACCGGCGAAGGACUGGUCGGACUCUCCUCCGCGUCAAGCGAGACAUUCCGUUUGGCUGUAGGUUUCGGUCUAUGUUACUAUCUAAUAGGUGCCGUCAUUCUCGAUGGCGUCUCACAGCCGCUGUGGAUACUGGCACAUCAGAAGACACCUCAGCCGAUUCCCUCUCUGAAGUUCCUACGGGAAGCCACACGCAAUGAUGCACGCGCUCGACGGGCACUGUACUGGCGCAAUCUGCUCAAGUUCUCUUUCCUUCAUGUCUGGGCCAUUGCGGUCACCUGCGCUCUGGUCUGGACAUUUGAAGGCGGACGCAGUGCCAUCAUCAUGUACCUGGCCUAUAUCGGUGCAUAUACGGGUCUUCUUUGGUACCAGUAUAACAGAAUUUUCACUGGAUCCCGAUCGGAUCGAGCACUCACUAUUGGCGCUGUUGUUGGUUUCCUGGCUUGCAUCCUGCUGCGAGUCCUCCCGAGGGGGUUCGCUUACAGCGGUGUGCUCGGAUUGGCAGUUGGCACCUGGACCACGGCGAUUGCAUCUUUCCUCAGGGCUGACGUGGCAUGGCCCCGUGGACAGAACUUGACCGGUGUUGAUAAGGAUAAGGAUGCCGUAACGUACACCUGCAGCACACUGGAGCCAGAUCAGGAUUUCUCACAAACCACAUUAUCAAAUACCUUUGAUGCAAUCCGUGCUCUUUCUCCUGAGCUCCGGUACAAGUUGGAUCCUUCUCAACACCCUGGCGCGGAGGUAAUGCAAAUCCUUCAUUCAAAGGCCGAGAGCAAGACAUCCCCCAGCUUGCAACAAGCCUUUCCUCACGCAGAGACAAUAUUGCAUCGCACAGCCGAACUUUGGCAAUCAGGAGAAACAGUUGUCGAGCUUGUUUCAGCACGCCAUCUCUUGCUGCCACCACAGGACCCUACCAUGCGCGCGAUCGCACAAAGAACGGGAGACCGGCUUCACAUCUUCAUUCUGAUCAGGCUCGACCUUGUGGGGGAUGAGUGGGUCGUGAAUAUUCGUCGGAAUUGCCAAGCUAUCGCUGAGACUCUCGUUCAAGUUACGGCUGAAAGCAGACUGCAGCUUUCUCACGAUCAUGCAAUGCUAGCAGAGCUCUUGGUAGCCCAGCAUCAUGACAGUGGUUCGUUUGCUGUCCCUGAAGGCAUCAAGCGCCAGCUCGAGAGCUCGUCCCCUGAAAGGAAACGGGUGAUCACCAACGCUCAAAAGACAAUGCUCCGCCAUCUGCUCCUCGGAAUGGACCCUGAGAGGGAAUGGGAUCAUAUGCCUCGACACGUCCAUGCCUUCUUGUUAGAAAGAGCAUGCGGCCAACCGACUCGUCUUUCUCCAGCCGAUGUGGAGUGGAUUCGUUCCCGAGCUGGUCAAACCGACGCAGUGGACCUUCACUGUCUCGUUGCGAGGUAUAGCUUGAGUACUUCCGUGGCGGUACUUGUAGGCCAGUACGCCAGCGCGAUCGCUGCCCAUGAUGAGGACUUUGGACCCAGGUCAGAUUUCCGGGACUCGAGCUAUGAUCAACUGAUUACCACGGUGUCACCCGAGGUCGAGCUCAAGAACAAGGGAUUUAUCGACUUUAUCCGAGUCACAGUCAUGAGGUUUCUUCAGAAGAUUCGGACCUGUAUCAAGUUCACUGUGCUCUCCUUGGUCGCAGAUCCCGAGUUUCAACGAGAAUUGCACUAUAUCCUUCGUGGGCAGUCGGUGGUCUUCUCGUGGCCCAUCACAUGGAUUUUGACUGCUAUUUGGUCUUUCUGCAAGGCCCUGCAGGGCCUUAUCCUCCCCCUUGUUCUGUUACAUGGUCGAGACAAGGUUUCUGCGCUGUAUAAGAACAUGAAAGGACAGAAGACGGUGCUGGAAAAGAACCGUAUUGUCCUUGAAAGUUUGAACGGUCUCAUGACUUGUUUCAUGCAUGUCGAGACAGAGGGCUGUUCUCGGCUUUACCAAUACUCCGGUCGCCACGAGCAAGAACCAAGUCAACGGCAGAGUCUGGUGGCCAUCAACACAUACACCGACAAGCUCGUCCUCCGCAGCCGGGAAGAAUAUGAUGGCAAGGGAACCCUGCGGAACGAGUUUGUAUAUGAUUAUCCCGACACGUCCAGGGCAAAGCUCCCCAUGCAACGACAAUGCCUUGCUGGUGAGCUGGAGGGACAAGUAGUGCAGUACGACCAGCGAGGAUACAUCACCACCGGGUCCGCCAAGAGAGGCGUCAACCCCGUCCAAUUCCAGUACUGGUACCGCAAGAAUGCCAAGUUCGACGACGAGUUGCUUCGUGCCGAGUAUGUCUUUCCGCAUAUCAAAAUCAAGGUGGCAUGGAGUAUGCCGCCACCCGCGCGUCCGGAGCGCCUGGAUAAAUGGAUUCCCUAUCCGCGGGUCACUGAGGCAGUGUUUAUCCAGGAAGGUGAUGCCUACAAUGCUCAGUGGACAUAUGAUCACAAGUUCCAUCCGAUCAUUGCGACUACUCUGAACGGCGAACACAUUCCCACGCCGCCCAUGAUCUGCGACGACUGGUUCCAUGUCCUCGAAAAGCCAACAGGGUGCACCUUCUUGCAUGACAAUCCGCUUGUCUCGUUCUCUUCGACCAGAACGAACAUUAUUGCCCGUCAUCUGAGAUUGAAUAUCAAGCAAUAUCCAAUUCCAACCUCGCGUGCUCGAGCCCAUCUCUGGAAGUCUUGGAAAGCGUCCAAAGAGUUUGAUGCGGUUACUGCCCGGUGGUUAGACGAGAUUCUGCUUCGAUCUGAUCGUAUUCUCCGUCCGUACUGGAGGCGGCGUGACUGGGGUCGCCUGGAGUCAGCCGCAGACUAUCUCGACGCGCAGGUAGACACCAUUCUCGCUCGUGUCGACAUUGAUCCGGAAAUCAGUUCAUGGACUCAACUGGCCUUCAAGAUCAGCGACCUGUACAGUUUCGGCCAAGGAGGUGAUGCCAGGAUCAAUACACGUACACUGUCAACGCAGCUGCAAGAUACCGACAGCGAACUGCAUGUUUUAGCGAUGGACACUGGCACUUGGCCCAAUGAGCCAGGUGGUGUCUCUGCAUGCCGAAGGGACAUGGUCAACGAUCUGAAGCAUAUCCGGUGGCACAUCCUCGCUGAGGCGGCCAACGACUUCGGCGUCCCCAAAUUCCAGAUUGAGCGUAAUGUGCAGUCGCUGACUGUCCUGCCGCAAUGGGGUUUGGACUUCCUUAACCCGACACACGGUGUUUUCCAAAAUGUUUUGGACUCUGCAGUGGUCGAGAAGUCAUUCGACACCACCGUUGCAGAUAUCCGACGCAACUUCCUCCCCAUUCUAUCCAGCAUAGUUCGGUGUUCACGAGCCGUGCAGCUCACGCGCUCACACAUUGAGGAAGCGACGCGUGCCUUGGUGGACUUGAACACGUACUUUGAGUCGUCUCGCAGUUGGAACGAUGUUUGGAUGAGUGAUACUGUCAAGCAGGCGUGGAGAGAAAUGUGGCUCAGCGAAGACAUGCCCGGCGCUGUUCCUGUUUCACAAUGGUUGAAUUCCGAAAGACCCACGCUCCUGCAGCUCGACUCGGCAUUGGACAUGUGGCACCGCUAUCUCUUUAUCUUCUCCAUCCCCGUUCCCGACAAGAUUCCCGAUGUUUUCCAGGUUUCGCACCAUUUCACGGGCGCUACAUACGGUAUCCUGUGCAAGAUAAAGCGUCAAUGCGCCUUGCAUGUCUGGGACCAUUGCGUCUCUUUCCGUGAGAUGACCACAUUCUUGUCAUCCGCUGUGUCCUUCGAUUCAACCUUCGUCAAUACCUCUCUGAUUGGCUUAGGACAUCUUUCGUGCGUUCUGAUCCAGCACCACGCAGAUGUUGUCCUUCCAUGUGCCGAAUAUUUCAAUCCGGGAUGGGAAAUCGAACUAGGAACCUGCGAAGGCGCCCUCCAACAUCGCCGGACCUUCCGUCGAAAGAUUGACCCUGUUGUGAACGGGAUCACAAACAUGGAGAAAUACAAGCCAAUUGAGACCAUCAAGACUGCUACCCCGACAGUAGUCAUGUUGUCACAUAUUCGAUAUGUCAAAGACAUCAAGACAGCGAUCAUGGCAACUGACCUCAUUGUCAAUAUUUGGGGCUUCAAGGAUUAUCGGCUGCACAUCUACGGAGACAUGGAGCGCGCGCCGGCCUACGCCUCGGAAUGUCAGGAAAUCAUCGCCUCGAAGGGCCUGCGUGAGCACGUUGUCCUGAAAGGAUUGGGAAAUCCAUCCGUGGUGCUUCAAGAUGCUUGGUUGUUCAUGAACUCGUCCAUUUCCGAAGGUCUCCCAUUAGCCAUGGGCGAGGCCGCGUUGACUGGUGUCCCUGUGGUUUGCACAGACGUUGGUGCAUCGUUUUGUGUGGUCACCGACCGCACCACGGGUAAGAAGUUCAGCGAAGUGGUUGCGCCCAACGAUGCUAUAUCCCUGGCCAGCGCUCAGAUCAGGGUGCUGGCAUUACUGGGCCAAUGGAGCGCUUUUGCCGAGGACGAGGAGGGCUAUGUGCCCCCAAGUUUAUCGCUGCACCCUUCGCGUGAAGAGGUAGAACAGAUCACACGGCGUAUGUACGCAAAGGCCGAGCAGCGUCGAAAACUCGGCAUGCUGGGUCGGUCAAACGUCUACAACAAUUUCUCGAGUGAUCGGUACCUCCGGGAACAUGAACAAAUGCUCUGGCUGGGCAAGUACCAGAGCCGCAGCUACGUUACUCGAGGACCGGGAUCGUCGAGCAACUCCAGCGGGUUUUUCAAGGAGAAAUGGAAGUCGUCGAUUCUGAUUGAGCAAACCGAGGCGCUUCUGACCCCAAACUCGGACACGUGGUGGACUCCCUUCCGGCCGAGGUUGAAUCGAGGAAGUCGUUUUAGUGGCAUGAUCGAAGGAACUUCGGGAACACAGACACCGGUUUGA